CAUUAUAGAGUAGAAGCCAGUCUAGUGCAGCUGUCCUCUAACAUUCCAGGCGUGUCCUUGGAUCAGUAACGGGAGGUUCAUAGGCAACUGUUCGCACACUCUUUCUGUUAAGCCACUCGUUCACUAGGGCUUCAGAAUCCCCUUUAUUCGGACCCUUCCUCGGCUCUACUCCGCUCCUAUUCCGGCCACUGCAGGGCCCGAGGCUACCACCAUGGCAAACCAGUAUAACAUCAGUGAGGAGAAGAUCCUAAAGGACAGUCAUACCAAAGAGAUUGACUUGAUCAACAGGGACCCCAAACAAAUUAACGAGGAUGUUGUGAAGGUAGAUUUUGAGGACGUGAUUGCCGAGCCUGAUGGCACACACAGUAUGGAUGGAGUCUGGAAAGUCAGCUACACCACUUUCACCAUCUCCAAAUACUGGUGCUACCGCAUACUGUCUGCCAUCUUCGGUAUCCCGGUUGCACUGUUAUGGGGAUUCUGCUUCGCCUGCAUCUCAUUCUGCCACAUUUGGGCCGUCAUGCCUUGCAUUAAAAGCUACCUGAUUGAAACCCAGUGCCUGAGUCGAAUCUACUCGCUGUGCAUCCACACGUUCUGCGACCCCUUCUUCGAGGCACUGGGAAAAGUAUUCAGCAGCAUACGGGUGGCACUUCGCAAGGAGGUGUAGGAGUCACAAAAACAAUGCUCACAGUGGCUACCAGGGAAAUUGGGUGUUCUUUGGUUGGGUGUUGCUUUUUUUUCUUCUUUUUUUUCAAGAGGUCAGACCUUGAUGGGCUUAGACUUCAUCCCCGUUGCCUUUGAAGACCAGGUAGAUGUAUAUAUUGGUGACUGAAUGCUGCUUUGUAGACAUGUUCUGAGGUGUGGUCAGAGGAAUAUAGGCAGUUCACCUUAAAUUACUCACCUGUCUAGAGAAAUAUAAUACUAUAUGUUGAAGAGUAUUUAAGAGUUGACAGCAGAUGACAAGUCUUAUGUGUUUAUGUGAUAAGGCCUUCUCUCUGUGUGCUAAAUAAACUUUAUUAAUAUUA